UCUGACUUCGCUGCCUGUUGACAGUGCAUGCAGGUCUGGUGGGAUAAUGGCCUAAUGACUGAAGGUACUUUCAAGUGACAUAUUAUGGAAAAGGACUGUGAUGUAUCUUGACGGACGCACGGAACGUGCCCGUGAUGGCCGCGUCGGAAUGCCGUCGGGAUUCGACCUCAACCACCACGCAAGGGAGGAUACAUUUCACAGCUGAGCCCAUGGAGACGUGGAAACGUCAUAUCAUCCGGCAACUUAAACAUCGGGACAAAUCACAAAAGAAAAACUUUCAGGAUGUCAUACGAUCGUAUGUCAGUCUGCUGGAAAGGACCAAACAGAAGGCUCUCAUUCUGGGUUCAGUGGCAAGACCUCCACCUGUCAACUACACUGAGGAGUCCUUGGCAGAUCAAGCUUCCCAUCACAACAAGCUAGUGAACGAUCUUCAGAAGACCACGGGGGAGCUGGCGUACCAGGUGCUGCAGCUACAACAGAAGAUAAAAAUCAAAGACGCCCUACUUGAAGAGCAGCAUGCCAGCACGCGUGAGGUGCAGAGCCGGCUGGCCCAAGUGGAGAGCGAGCGGGGGGAGCUGUGGUCCAGCGUGGCCCAGGUCAGGGAGCGUAACCGGUCGUUGAAGCGGGAGUAUGACUCCCUGCUGGAGCAGCGCGGGGCUAAGGAGAUAGCCCUGAGGGACGCCAGGGAGCUGGGCCAGGAGAUGGUGGAGGACAUGAUCAAGAACAAACAGAUGGCCGCCAUGAAGAUGAACAACCGCAACGAGCGGAGGGUCAAGGCGAGGGAGGCCAACCUUCACAAGGAGCUGGAGCUGGCUGCCAAACGGACGGUCAACAUUGACGAUAUUGCCUCAAGUGUGCCCCAGUUGAAACUAAACACAUCCGCAUGCAUUGAUGUGACCGAGAGAUGCCACACGCGGGUGUUCAGGUCGGCGUCUGCCACCUCUCCCAGAAUCCUCAGCUCCAUCCGAGAGCUCUUUGAUAGGAAGAAGCGUCGAGGGAACUCGGUGUGUCGCCUGGAGGAGGACAUGUACUCUCCUGUGGGGAUCUGUCUGGCUGCCAGGGUCCCCUCCGUAGCCAAGCACACGCUGGACGCCCAUGAGUUGGGCAUCAACGCGGUGCGGUUCAGUGCCUGUACCAACAUGCUGGCUACUGGUGGCACGGACCGCGUCAUCAAGCUCUGGGACAUCACCGCAGGCAUGCUACACCACAGGGGAACACUAGAUGGCAGCAAUGAGGGCAUCACCAGCAUCGAGUUUGACCCUACGGGCACGAGGAUUCUGGCUGCAUCGUACGACAAAUCGGCCCUCUUUUGGAAGCUAGAUGACUGCGUUCCCAAGUUUACUCUGACAGGUCACUCUCGGAAGGUGACGGCGGCCAAGUUCAGGUGCAGCCAGAGACAGGUGGUGACGGCCAGCGCCGACCGCACCGUCAAGAUCUGGGACCUGCAGAGAGCUGCAUGCAUCCAGACCAUCGAGGUGCUGUCCUACUGCAGUGACGUGGUCUGCUCCGAAUACUUCAUCAUCAGCGGACACUACGACCACAAGAUUCGCUUCUGGGACAGCAGGGCCGGCAGUUGUACUCAGGAGCUCCCCCUGCAGGGCAAGGUGACCAGCCUGGACAUGUGCCCCGACCACCGCCAGCUCCUCAGCUGCUCACGAGACGAGAGCCUGCAGGUGGUGGACCUGCGCAUGAGCAACGCACGCAUCUCAUACAGGGCGGAAGGCUUCAAGUGUGGCUGUGACAGCACCAAGGCCAUCUUCAGUCCUGAUGGCAGCUACCUGGCAGCUGGCUCUGCAGAUGGAGCCGUGUACAUCUGGAAUGUUCACACUGGCGAUCUGGAGAAGCGCCUCCCUGACAUGCACAGUUCCUCAAUCAACGCGGUGGCGUGGUCGCUGUCGGGGGAGUUCGUGGUGAGCGUGGACAAGAGUCGGCGAGCCGUCCUGUGGAGCGACAUGUGAGCUGCCUGCCACCCUCUGGGCCGCCAAACGCCAGCAGGAGGCGCUGUGUUCAGUUCCACAUUACCAUGACGACGCACCUUUCAGAAGGACAACGGGGCAACAAAACAAGCUGUGCCACCCAUGGGUAUGGACUAUACAGGGUACAAUUGGGCCAAAAAAUGCCACCCUGAAGAAUACCAGAACCCAAGCUUUUAACCUGCACCCCCACCUUCAAAAAAAAAAGACAUGGCAGAAUGGGGCACCUAAGUCACGCCCUCUACUUCCUGGUUCAUGGGGCAGAGAGAGUAAAAAUAACUAA